CUUCAAGAACAAGAAUCCGGCAGGGAAGUGCUCCGAGAAUCAACCAACUCCAAUUGUUUGCAAAUAUUUAAUAUCUGUUGAAUGUUAUAGAGCCAAAUCAUUGAAAAUGUCCUAUAUUUUACGGUCCACAAAGUUUGUUCGGUAUUUUUUUGGACUUGCAAGAAGUAUUGUUACAUCUAACCGGCAAGAAAUUGAUGGGGGCCUUCUGCAAAAGAACCACAAUUUGGCAGCCCUAUUUUCAAAAAACCUUUCAUUGAGCCACUUGUCUUUACAAACACGAUCUCAUGUGGAUGAGACCGUCAGACAGCUUGAUGAAGACGCUAGAAGAACUGGAAGAGUGACUCUCUCUGAAAUUGGAGAGGCUUUAAACACAAUCAAAAAUUCAAGGCAAGCAACAGCGUCACAAUCCCUGAUGGUCAUAAGAUGCUGCGGGAACCUGGUCCCUGAAGAAACACCAGAACAGAGAACAAAACUUGUCGAAGAAAUAUGGAAGACAUUUGAAAAAAUAGGAGUUCCUCUAGAUAUCAGCCAUUACAAUGCCUUACUCAAAGUCUAUCUGGAGAACGAGCACAAGUUUUCUCCGACUGAAUUUUUGGCAAGGCUGGAUGAGAAUGGAAUUGAACCAAACAGAGUUACCUAUCAACGGCUUAUCGCAGGGUUUUGCCAGCAAGGGGAUAUUGCAGGAGCAACGAAGAUUUUGGAAUUUAUGAAAGAUAAACAGCUACCAGUCAGCGAAGGAGUUUUCAAUGCCCUGAUUCUAGGCCAUUCUAAAGCUGAUGACAUGGAGAGCGCUGAAGGUAUUUUGAACGUGAUGAAACAAGCCAACCUAGAGCCAAGUAAUGAGACUUACGCAACUCUAAUGGCUGGCUACGCGGCGCGAGGAGACAUAGAGGCUAUCCAGCGACUCUUGACUGACUGCAAAGUGAAAGACAUUCUGUUGAGUGACAGAGAAUUGCUGGACAUUUCUUACGCUGCAGCAAUAAACAACCAUGAUGGAAUAGUUGAUGAGCUAUUGAAGAACAUCAGACGCAGUCUAGGCUACAACCAGGAUGCAGCCAAUGUCAUCAUCAGACUAGUCACUGCGGGCAAGGAUGAGUCUGCUUACAAAGUGUUCCUUAGCUUGAACCCCGUCACACGUCUACGAGAUGACUCAGUCCCUAACAUGAGUGGCCAUAUAUUCAUCAAACAUCUAGUCAAGUGCAACAGGCCAGUAGACCAGAUAAUGUCGUGGUGUGAGAGACUCAGUCAGGACGGCCACACAGCUCAAGGUCUACACAUUGCAGUAGACUCCAGUUUCUACCACAACAACACAGACUUGACCCUAGACCUACUGCGAGUGAUGAAGCAAAGACAGGAACCAGUCAGAGCCCAUUACUUCUGGCCCUCACUGGCAACGGCCGGCAAAGCUAAGGAUUUUGAUCGUGUGUUGGAGAUUGUAAGUCUGAUGGACAGUGAGUUUGGUCUGACAAUCAAUUCGGAAACUCUCAAAGACUACAUUAUGCCAUAUGUCCCACCAUCUAAAAGUGUAAAUGAGAUCCUUGAGUCCUUGAGCAAUGUUGGUGUCAAGAGAGGACAGGCAGUUGUAGGGAUGGUCAGCUGCUUUGUGAAUAAGAAGAAGCCAAAGGAAGCUGCUGAUUUAGCAAUGCAGUAUCCAACCCUGAACUACAGUAACUAUUUGACAAGUAAAAAUCUGGUCGAACUCUUGCAGUCAACAGGUGAUGCAGCUAGUGUUAUCAGCCUGCUUCAUGUUAUGAGUCAGAACCCCUACCAAGCGUCCAGGGAAGAUAAGGAUGAAGAGGAUGAGAAGGAAAGUGCAGACGAAUUGAUUCAUCGCUUUUUCAUCAACUGCCUGAGCUCAACUUCCUGCCAGAAUUUCUUGCCUGAUAUUCUUAAGGAAAUGUUGAACCACAAUCUGCCCAUCAACAACGCUUGCGCAGUUAUGAUCGAGAACAAACUUCAGGGAAAACAACUAACACCAGAGGUAUCGGAACUGUUAGCCAAGCUGUCUUCUGGUCAAAUCAUAUCUCAACCACUCAAGUCUUCAGGCAGCGGUACUGUUGUUAGGACACCUGAAUCAUUAUUGAGAGUCAAAGAAAAAAUGAAAGCAAGCAACGAGCCAAAUGAAAGGUUGAUAGGUAUUAACCGUUCUUUGUAUCUAAUGUACUGCCGUGCAGGAGAUGUUGACAACGCUCUGGUAAUAAAACAGGAGUUAAAUGAAGAAUACAAAGAAGAAACUACUCCUGGUAUGUGGGCAGCACUUCUUGAAGCUUAUUGUUCCAAGAACGACCUGGAGGGAGCCAAAAGUUGCUUGAAGAAUAUUCAAGCCUUGAGCGAAACUUUCGAACUUGAUGCUGAUAAAAUCUUAAAGCUGGCUAAGCUUUAUGUAGAAAACAACCAAAUAGAUGAGGCCACAGCACUGCUCAAAUCAGUGAAACCAAGAGAAAGGGAAGCGAAGGAAGAUGGAUUUCAGUCUCGUAUCAAGGCCUGGAAUCUGCUCCAGGCUGUAGUGGAUACCUACAAGGAUCCUGCUGCUGUUAAGCAGAUGUUGGAACUGCUAAAGGAGCAGAAAUAUAUUGAAGUCAACAAUAUCAUGUUGGGAGCAGUUGUAAAGGCGCAUCUGGUUAGGGAUGACCUUAUGGGUGCCUUAAAAGAAUUUGAGGAGUGUGUAAAGCUGCAUCGGGCGACUCCGUACAAGAAUGAACUGACCAUAAAGUUUAUUGAGAAGGAGGAUGCGGCCAACCUACAGACUAUUGUGGACUUGAGCACUCAGGUCCAUGGAGAGAUCAACAGCCUGUAUGACCUGGUGCUAGCGUUCAUAGAGUGCGGAAAGAUCAGGCAGGCUCGCAAAAUUCUGGAGACUCCAGGCCUGGGGAGACGAAGCAACCGCAUCUCGUUGGCAUGUGAACGUUACAAGAAGGACGGGAAAGUCGAGUAUUUAGAAGCCCUUGUUGAAGCCACCAAAGAUGUGGCGCUCAUUGACAGAUCAGAAAUAUACAGCAAACUGCUAGACACAUACUGCGAAUCUGAUGAAGUGGAGAAGGCUUUAGGAUUGUGGACAAAAAUGCAGGACGAGGAUGUCAAUGCUUCUGAUGAAUUUCUAAUCAAACUUGGAAACUUUUUAAAAGAAAAGGGUCAGAAUGUUCCUUUCAAAAUACCAGAACAACCAACAUACACUAUCAAGAGAAAAGGAGAGGCAGCCAAGGCCAACGAGAAAGGUACUUCACCAAGACAAGAAAGAAUAAAUAAUCCUCCUUUACUUCAAGCUAUUCAAAACAAAAAUGUCGAUGAAGCUUUGAAAAUCAAGGAUGAGCUGGAUGUCAAAGGCCAACGGUUGACCCGUAGAGAAGCCGGUGAGUUGUUGGAGUUACUUGUGGCUCAGAGCAGACUGAGGGAUGCUACGGCAUUUGUAACCUCCCUGUCAGUAGAGCAGAUGCCGAUUGUGAGGACCCUCAACUUUCUGAUCACCAGGCUGACUGCCAAGGGAGAAACCGACCUGUUACAACGAGUCGGAGAUCAUCUCUCAGAGGAUCUCAAGAAAAGAACUUCCUUCUCAAACAGACUCUUAACUUCAGCAGUGGCUAAUGGUAAAGCCAAGGAACAGCUGGAUAAGAUGGAGAAGGAAAUAGAUGCAGCUUCCAGUGAUGAUGACUUUGACAAAUUAACUGGCAAGUUCCCCCGUGGUGGUAUAAUGGCUGUUCUGGAAAAUUGCCCCUCGGAUCAUGAUCAAGUGGUGAGGAUUGUAGAGAAGUUUUGCAGCAAAGGCUACACCAGUCCCGCAAACUGUCUGGCGAUGCACUACUUGGCGACGGGAGACAAAGAGAAAGCCCAACAGGUGUUUGAGAAGCACAAUUUGAAAAACAGUUCUCAGCUGAUGUUCCGCUCUGUGUUGUCCAAAGCAAGGGUUGCCCAGGACCCUAAGAUUGUGGAGGAUUUGCUCAGUAUGGUGAAAGAUGCCCCAGCUGUUACGCCCGAUGUUAUGAGUGUUAUAUACAGCAACCUCAUCAACAUAUAUUCUACCCAAAACAAUUUUGACACUGCUUUGGAAAAGCUCGAGGAAGGUUUGAAGAAAAUACCAUUGGAGAUGUUCUACACCACAACUCUGCAGAGGCUAAAGGAAGGUCUAGAAGCCAACAACAAAACCUUCAAAUACACCAUUCCUCCUAGGGACAGGAGACAAAAAGAGUCUACGUCUUCAUCAUCGUCAAGUGAAACUGAACCAAAGAAAUCUGUUGCUUCUAACUAACAAGGGAAGUGAAUUUUAGCUUUAGUUACUAACGAUGUUUUCUGCUAAAAAGUAUUUUGUACCACAAUCAUCUUUUUUCAUUGGCAAGCAAUCAUAAGCCAUUGUUAAAAUCAAAAUAAUAUCCUUGACUUAAAAUAUUUGUUAAGAUUCGUUCUGUUACUGUAACUUGAGUAUUGAAAUGAUUAAUUACCUUUGAUAUAAAACAUUACUUAUUAAUAAAACAUUUAAUAUUUUAUUUUGUCAAACUUCUGACCAAUCGAGCUGGAAUAAAAACACUUAGUAGUAAAACAAGCUUAAAAAAUUCAUUCACAAAUUUGUUUCACUUUGUCUUUGUACCUGUACAUUUCAAUGUACCGUUUUGUAUGUAUUAGUUAAACAUAGUUAUUAUCAUAGAGACUGUUUUGUUAAAAUAAAUAUUGCAAUUGUACAUAAA